AGCAAAAAAACUACCCAAAUUUUGAUAAGAUAUUUGUAAAAAAGAAUGAAGGAGAGAGAGAGGAGCAGGCCACUAGUACUAUGAGAUUGAUAGUGUUCGAUACUAUUCGAUGUUUGCAAAGAAUAACUUUAAAAUAAUUAAAUAAAAAUUAUUAAUUAUAUAUAAAGCAAAAUAUCUCACCUUGAAUUCUUCUCUCUCGAUCGGUGUUGAAUUUGAACUCAGAUCCGAACCCAAUCUGAGAAAACUCAACCCUCGACCAUGGAAAUGGCGCCGCCAGCAGCCGGAGCCGGAGCUGGAGCCGCCGCUGCAGUAGUAGCAGGCGGAGCUCCACAACAAAGACAGCAACAACAACAACCAGCCGCUGGAUUUGGCCAAACAAUCACCGGUAUCAUUCGAAUUGCAGUCUUCUGGUACUUCGCUUCAAAGUUCUUCACUUCCAAACGCCCCACUGGCCCAGGUUCAGAGCCUCCAGUUCUCAUCUCCAAUCUUUUCCACAAGGCCGAACCUUUGGAUAUGUGGGUGUAUUUAUCUGAGAAGGAGAAAUUUAAUGAUUUUGGUAAUGAAAGUGCCCUUCUUUGGCAUGAAAAUAAUAUUCCUUAUGCUGUUUGGGGACCUGAGAGUAGUAGAACUCUUUCUUUGAAGUAUUAUCCAUCUGAGGCUGUGAAGAACAAUGCAACUGUGUAUGUUCAUGUUUUCUUUGCUCGUUCUGGUUUUUCUCCUGACCCAAAUGAUCCUGAGUAUCUUCCUCUUGCUGCAUUUGGAAGGACACAUCCAAUCGUAGCAUACUUUCCCAAGUCGAAAAAUGAUAAGAAGAGGAGUUUAUUGGGAGCUUCUUCUGAUGACCCUCAAACUCAAACUCAAACUGUAACACAGGUUGAUGAAGAUACUGAAGGUGAUGUUAAAGAUGAUGCUCCUGCAGAGUGGUUACCAUAUUGGAAACCAAAUAUUACAAUUAAUUUGGUUGAUGAUUUCACUCGAUAUGCUCACAAUGGUGUACCACCCAAUAUUGCUCCAUACUUGAAUGUCGAGCCUACUUCAGGGAACUACUACCCAACCGUCUAUUUCAACGAGUUUUGGUUGCUCCGAGAUAAAUUAAUACCUUUAAAUGAAACAGUGACAGAGCUACCACUUAAUCUCGAGGUGGGUCCCAUAAGCAUGACCAAGUGGCAGCUGUUUUUGCAGAUUGAUCAGUCUUUCCAGAUUCACCGUAGUUAUGGAAGCAUGAUUGAAGGCGAGGCUGAUGAACUAAAGAGAGUAUUCGUGGAAGGGAACCCUUACCUACUAGGAAUCACCAUGGUGGUCUCUUUAUUACAUUCAGUGUUCGACUUCUUGGCAUUCAAGAACGAUAUCCAAUUUUGGAACAAAAAUAAGUCUAUGGAAGGACUCUCUGCAAAGUCUGUUGUGGUGAAUUUCAUAAGUCAGCUCAUAGUGUUUCUCUAUCUUCUCGACAACGAUACAUCCUGGAUGAUACUUGCAAGUUCUGGAGUUGGCUGCUGCAUUGAAUUUUGGAAAAUUGGGAAAGCCAUGCACAUUGAGAUUGAUAGAACCGGGAGGAUCCCUAUGUUAAGGUUCAGAGAUCGCGAGUCAUAUUCAAGUAACAAGACAAAAGAAUAUGAUGACACGGCUAUGAAGUAUUUGUCCUACGUUCUUUUCUUCCUUGCUGUGUGUUCGUCUAUCUAUUCGCUCAAGUAUGAGCGUCACAGGAGCUGGUAUUCUUGGAUUCUCUCUUCACUCACAAGCUGUGUCUAUAUGUUCGGUUUCAUAAUGAUGUGUCCUCAGCUUUUUAUAAACUAUAAACUCAAGUCUGUGGCACAUCUACCGUGGAGGCAGAUGACAUACAAGUUCCUCAACACAAUCAUCGACGAUUUAUUCGCCUUUGUCAUAAAAAUGCCAACACUACAUCGCCUUUCUGUCUUCCGUGACGAUAUUAUAUUUUUGAUAUAUGUGUACCAAAGAUGGAUUUAUCCAGUGGACAAGAAACGUGUAAAUGAGUUUGGUUUUGGCGGUGAGGAUGAUCAACAGCUUACCGACGGGGCUGCAGCAGAUGCGACAACCACAGUCGCCAAUGAGGAUGAGAAGAAGACCAAUUAGUUAGCUGAUUUUACAUUUUGGAUAAUCUCAACUAUUAACACUAUACUUAAAACCCUUAGUUAGGUUUGAAUUAUUUUUGUUUUUUUUUUAUUUGUUAGGGUUUCUCUAAAUUUUGUUUGUUACUAUUAAUUUUCCAACUUAAUUUGAUAACAUAUGAUGCAGCAGCAGCAGUUUUAUAGUAAAGUCUUUUCAUUUUUUUCAA